UCGGGGCUCAGCUCGCACCGCGCCUCCGGGGCCGCUGGACCGGCGAGUGUCCGAGCCGCGCCGAAACUCGGGCGGCCACAGGAAGUUUAUUCUCCGGCUCCUUUGCUCAAAGGAGGAAAUAGAAGUUUCUCCAAGAGGGCAGCUUUUCUUGUAGCUCUUUAUUUUUUAUUUUUGGCGGGGUCCCCCAGAGCCGGCCGACGAGAUCCGCUGGGUUCCUCCUCCUCGUCGUCGUCUUCUUUUUUUAUUUCUUAAAUUUCCCAUUUUCCUCGGAACCGUGGGUCCCCGCGGAGCUCCGGCCGCGCGCGGGGGCGGAAGGGCGCGCGCAGGGGAGGGACCGAGGGACGCGCCGACUUUUUAGAGGGAGGGACCGGGUGGACCGACCGACGGACGGCCGGACGGCCCCGCGGCGCUCGCCCAGCAGGAGAGAAGUAGCGCCCGGCGCGCGAGGGUCACUUCCCGGUUGUCGCCGCGUCCGCCUCGGUGCUGGGGGGACGGCCCGGGAGCGGAGAGCCGGGCCGCGGCGGGCGAGCGCGCGGCAAGAGGUGUGCGGCCGCGGCCAGGGCGGGGGAAGACGACCACCCUGUUUCCUCUCUGGCCCCCACCGCGGAUCAUGUACCAGGAUUAUCCCGGGAACUUUGACACCUCGUCCCGGGGCAGCAGCGGCUCUCCUGCGCACGCCGAGUCCUACUCCAGCGGCGGCGGCGGCCAGCAGAAGUUCCGGGUAGAUAUGCCUGGCUCAGGCAGCGCCUUCAUCCCCACCAUCAACGCCAUCACCACCAGCCAGGACCUGCAGUGGAUGGUACAGCCCACAGUGAUCACCUCCAUGUCUAACCCCUACUCCCGCUCACACCCCUACAACCCGCUGCCAGGCCUGGCCUCUGUUCCUGGGCACAUGGCCCUCCCAAGACCGGGGGUGAUCAAGACCAUUGGCACCACAGUGGGCCGCAGGAGGAGAGAUGAGCAGCUGUCGCCCGAAGAGGAGGAGAAACGUCGAAUCCGGAGGGAGAGGAACAAGCUGGCUGCUGCCAAGUGCAGGAACCGACGCAGGGAGCUGACAGAGAAGCUGCAAGCGGAGACAGAGGAGCUGGAGGAGGAGAAGUCUGGUCUGCAGAAAGAAAUUGCAGAGCUGCAGAAGGAGAAGGAGAAGUUGGAGUUCAUGUUGGUGGCCCAUGGCCCCGUGUGCAAGAUCAGUCCCGAGGAGCGUCGCUCCCCGCAGGCCGCAGGGCUGCAGCCCCUCCGCGGUGGGGGCAACGCGAUUGGUGCCGUAGUGGUGAAACAGGAGCCCCUUGAAGAGGACAGCCCCUCGGCCUCCGUCGUGGGGCUGGACAAGGCCCAGCGCUCCGUCAUCAAACCCAUCAGCAUCGCCGGAGGCUUUUAUGGAGAGGAACCCCUGCACACUCCCAUAGUGGUGACCUCCACGCCUGCCAUCACUCCGGGUACCUCGAACCUCGUCUUCACCUACCCUAGCGUCCUGGAACAGGAGUCGCCUGCGUCUCCCUCCGAGUCCUGCUCCAAGGCUCACCGCAGAAGCAGUAGCAGUGGGGACCAGUCGUCAGACUCGUUGAACUCCCCCACGCUGCUGGCCCUGUAACCCCGUGCUUGCCCGCCCAGCUCUGGAGGAGUCACUGUCACUGCCUCCUUCCCCGGGGACCAGCACCUUCUAGCACUCCAGGGUCAUGAGGCAAGAAGGCGCCCUGCCAUGGCGCUUCCUGGCUCUGAGGGACCCAAGUGGGACUUGAUGGUGAGUCAUUGCAGGACAGGGUUGGAAGCCAUAUAUCCUUCUCCCUGGUUCAUCUUGCAAACAAAUUCUGUUCCAUGGAAAGCCAUGGAGAACUUGGUUUGGUGGACUUCUGAAGAGCCUGGAAGCUGGUCCAGAGGGUUCCUGCCCCUGUUACGCUGUUGUCUCUGGAGAGAUGCUGUCCUUUCCACCCCAUCCAGCAUGCUCCGUACCUUUUGGUCUCUCCUUCCCUCAGCUCGCCCUUCCCUGUCCCAUGUCACUCUCCACUCCCUGUUGGUUUUUAUCGAAUUUGCCAUGACAUUUCAUCUGGGUGGUCUGGAUAUUAAAGCUCUUUAUUUCUGGAGCUGAGGCACCAGGUGACUCUUCUACUGGGGCUGACUUGUCCAGAAGGGGCAGUCAAAGUGCAAUAUAUAACCUUCCCUUCCCAACGCUUCCCAGUGCACUGCCCAGAUCACCAGCAGGCCCUCUGAGUUCUCCAGGGGACGCGGCCAUCAUUGGGAGGCAGCAAGAACCCAUCUUUCCCACCCUUGGAGAUGCUCGACUCUUGGAAGAUCUUGUCCAGAAGACAGGGCGUGAGAGGGACAGCUUGGGCACAGGUUGGGUUUGCCAAAUACCUAAAUACCAGGCCAGGAUUAGUGCCAACAAAGCUCCAUGGGUGUCUUAACCAGCUUCUCUUCACCUGGUGUCUUGAGCAGGGCGUCUCCUGUAAUUACUGCCUCGCCGUUCUGCCCCUGGACCCUUCUCUCCAAACGAGGGCGGCGUUCCUCCCCAGGAACCACACAUCACUCCGUGGCCCUGCUUGGGCUCCACCCUUCCCUGGCUCUCAGGGUGACGCCACCCCUGGAGAUUUAAUGAGCGUGGGCCUGGACCCUCACCAGAUUUUAGUCAAGUGGCUCCUCCCUAAGCCUUGCAGGUUGGAAGGGUUGUGUUGGGGAUGGCGUUGGUCACAGCAGGCACCCUAGGACCUGCCCUGCCCUGGCUGCUCACCUCAGUUGUCUCUGCUGCUGGUGGAUGAGAGCUUUCCCUUCCAGUCUCCCCCAUCCCACCCUGCCCCAGGGAGCUCCUCUGGCCUAGCUGUGAGUAGUGGGCCUCAGCACGCUUGUGCUGGGACUUAGGGUGUGUGGACCAUUCCCGACCAGCUGCUGAUCUCUCCAGCUGCUGAAAUUGGAGAAAGGAUGUGUUUCUCCCCACUGCACGGGGCUGCUCUUCCCAUGGGUGGGUGGGUCUUCCACGGCAAGAGCUCCUCAAGCCCUGCCUCCCCAGAGCGCAUCCACGCAGUGUCUGGUCACAGGCUGGUGCUGAGGGGGAGCCGCUAUUGGGGACUCAGCACUAGAGAGCAUUAAAAAAAUUCUCAUAUUGUUGUUGUUCGAGCCAAACCCAGUGGUAGUUAAAUUUCCAAGUCUGACUGGAGAGAGACGGGACAGCUUGCAGACCUGUGCCUGUCUCACUCCAAGGUCACACAUGCUGGUCAUGAUUCAGUUCCAUUGCCAACUUCCACGCGUGCAGAACACACAGGCUGGAAGAGCCGUAUGUCAAAAAUGCACAGCCCCGGCAGAGCUGGAAGUGAUGUGUGCAUGGGCUGCCCGAGUGGAGAGGGGAGGAAAAAGAAACAAAUCUUUCUUAGAAUACUUCAAGCCUGCUAUUUCACGUACUCCCUGGCUGUGAAGCUGCUGGGCGGGGCCCCUGGGUGCCCUGAGGGAUGCUCCUAACAAUACCAGGCAGGUGGUACCCCGGCCUCAGAAGCAGAAGGUGGUCAGAGGAACCUCUGCUACUCAUGGCUUGGAAGUGCUUAAUCAUCUCAAGUGGCAUUUGUGGCCAAGUGGGAGCGCCUUGCUUCUUUGUGCCUACACAUAUUUCUUCAGUGAAGCUACUUUCUCAUCUUUAAUUCCCAAGGCCCCUUUCUGUUAGUCUGUCUAGCACGGCUUCCCACACAGGUCAUGGUCUGGACGCGAGGCCCGGCUGGACACUCCCGAGAUGGGCAUCGGCUUCACUUCAGAUUUCCAGCUGUGCCGCUGUCGGCGCCAGCAGUAGGCACAGCCAGCUAAGCCUCAUCUCUGCCACCUCUACCCUCCUGCUUUGCUCUGCACGGCUGCCUGGCUUCCCCCAAAGCCAAAGAUAGUUGGGGGCAUGCCGGGUAUUCACACCUAAGUCGUGAGUGUGUUCUCACUGAACUUCCCUCUGGCUUGCCCUCUGCGUUCACUUGGGUACAUGUCACCACACAGCCCUGCUCCAGCGUCACCAGGUGCCCGGCCUGCUGUUCUUCCUUCCUGGCUACAGCGCAGGGAACAGCUGCAGUGACGCUGCCUCUGUGUGUCCCCAGCCAACAGGCAGCUGGUGUGAACUUGGGCUGGCCUGCAGGCAGCUCUGGGAUAGCACAGGGCAGGCACUCCUUGAUCAACUAGUGUGAAACACAGUCCUCGUGGCCACCUGGCUGGCUUCAGUGGGACCAGUCCUCCCUGUGGUGAGCUGGAUGGGGACAGCUGUUACACAGGAAACAAGGCAAAUCCCCAAUGGUCCCCGCCAACUCCAAGCAGUGGAUUCCCUGGGGGAGGUUUGCAGGAAGUGUUGAAUAUUAUACUGCCUGGGUAGGAGGCCAGGUGUGCCCACGGUGGCUAGUCACAAAUGCAACCUCAAAGCCAAGAGUUGGGGGCUGUGCCCUAUUCUCUGGCUUUGGGAAGAGACAGUCUCCUGCCGCCACUUGGCUGCAAGUGCCAGAGGAAAGGGGCAGUCUGGGGCCCUGGGCUUUGUUUCCUGUCUCCCUCACGGGCUGGCACAGCAGUGCUGCCUACAGCACCACCAUUUGUCUUUCAGAUUGAUUUCCUUCCCCGACUAGACAUCCAUGUGGCUUCUUUGGGAGCAAAGAGUAAGUCUCUCCUAUGUGCCAGGCACUAGCCGACACACUGAUAUCUUUUAAGAUGAGGCUAAGGGAUCAUCCCCUUUUCAAAGGCCACCAAGUAAAGGCUAAGCAACAACAUGUGGCGGUGAGAAGGCCGUUGUCAAAGACCCUAGAUCGGAUCGCCUUGAGUCUGAUGUGCCCCUGCAGCAUUGCCCACCCAGGCUCCCCCGCCCCCACCCCACAGACUCCACACUGUCCCAGGCCCCUCUGUACUCUCCAAAGGGCCUGAGGAGCAACCCGAGUCCUCACAAUCUGUGGACCAAUAGGGCGUGUGGUGUGAAACCUUCUCCUUAGAACUUAUGGGGUGUUGCGGCAUACUGCACGAUGCGUCUUCUUGGCAUUCAUCUUUCAAGCCAGCAUCUCACUAUUUAUUGACAAGUUGGUGGGCGUGUAUGCACGCUUCCUGGCGUGCCCCUGUGUCCUCCAGCAGCUUUUGUUGUUUUGUUGUUGUUAGAAGGAAAUCCAGUCUCCAGUCUCCCACUACUAACGUGGCAUCGUCUCAUUGCCUCUAGUGUUUUGGUCACCCAUCAACAAACUUUAAUUUUCCAGUGUUGACAACAUGGUCAAGAGGGGCUGGGUCAAAUUUUGACAGGGAGGUUGGGAAGGGAAGGGGGAGAAGAAAUUGACAUUUAUUUUAUUAUUUAUUUUAAAUGUUUACAUCUUCUUUGUGUUGUACCAAGCCUGAAUAGAAACAGAUAGCAUUAAAGUACUCAGUUCCUCCCUCUCUUGCUUUUUUUUUUUUUUUUUGAACUUAGGAUAAUGCUGUUUUUGUUUGUUUGUUUCUAAAGUGACUUGUGACUUGUGCUGUAUAAACUGUACAAAAAGGUUCUGUUUUUAAAGAUGGAUUGUCAUUCCUCUGAGGACAGUGGCUGCCAAGAAAUCAACAUUGUAAGAGAACACAAUGAAAGGCUUCGCCCUGUUCCUCAAAACUUGCUCUCUCUGUAUGAUUAAAAAAAAUUCCAUUUAUUUUAGUUUGUGCUUACUUGAUUUUGAGGAAGAACAUAUUGGACUUUGUGUAAAGACUAGCUAUCAGGGUGUCUGCCGUAGGAGGUGUAAAUAUCGUAUUUUUGGUAUAUAGUGGAAAGUCAUAAGCUUUGUGCAUCUGUAUUUGAAAUAUGUCAAUGGUGUGGAGUGGAAUCUACUAGACCGUGAAGGCAAACAAGUUGUGCAAGGUUCUGUUGCUCUAUGGGGAAUUUACCUUUCUGGGCACCUUUCCCCCCCCCCCCCCCCCGUUUUUUAAAGUAAUGGCAAGAUGGUCCUGUUGGAGAGUCUCUUAAAUCUACCUCUCCACGGGACUGUGAACCCAAAAUCUUUGUAUAGUUUUGAAAAUCGAGGAGUUGCUCUGUCCAGAAGCAUCCCUGCUGGUGUUCGUUGUUUUGUUCUGUUGUACUGGGUGAAAUACAAGCCUACAGUAUUUGCACUAAAGAAAGCUUGUUAGAAAAAGCUUGCUGCUAUGGAGGAAAGAACAUAUUAAAACCUUGUUUCCCCCCUUGUGGAUUUUAUUUUUGUUUUCUGUUUUUGUUUUUUCUUUCUCCCUGAUCCCUUGUUAGCUUUUCCACUUCCUGUUGAGUAGCGUUUUGUAGAAUAAAAUGAGUUAAGAACAAA